CGGAGGUAGUUACUACAGAUAUAGUGGCCUGACGUGGCAACAGAAAAAGGACAUGGAGGACAUUAGUUGGAUGAGAGAACUAUGCUCAGAGUUAGCAAGGGAAAGAAGGAAAGAAAGAUCGGCAGAAGGACGAGGAAAGGCAAAAACUGGAAGAGGAGAGGCAGAGAAGGGAAGAAGAAAUGCAUCGGCAACACAAGAGCGAGAUAGAUAGGCAAGGAGGGCUACGCGAUGCUAGACUCAUGACAGGGAUGACCACUCAACUGAAGACCCUGCACGAUAAGUUGCUAGGCCAGAUGGAAGACAUGAGAUCGAAGAUGCAGACCAGAGACCAUCAACGUGAGGCCAUUGGAAAACUGAGAAGGGAAGUGGUGGAUCUAGAGAAAGAGCUGGCUAGGGAGGAGAGCCCGAAGAAAGAGAGAGAAGAAUUACGGCAUAAGUUGGCGCAACUAAGGAGACUGAAGGAGGAGAAAGAACAAGCACGCGCAAAGAGAAAGGUGAUGGAGCAGGAGAUAGAAUGGGAGAUGGAGCAGACGCGCAGGGAAAAGGACCUGGAAGAAGAUCGAUUCGCCCCUUCAUCUUCUGCGCGACCAGCAAUGAGGCAGAGGGAAGUAACCCCGGGUACACCACUGCGGCCACCGAAAUCUCAGAAGCGGGUCAGACAACCGAAUCUGGGGAUCUGGAUCGAGGAGCCUACCACACCGCGGACGCCAAGGACACGAUCGCAGACCAGAAGAAACCUGGUGGUGGACAAUGAGGCUUCGUUGAUGGGAUGGAGAGAAAUCACAACGGAGGGAUCAAAGAUGAACGUGGUGGACUACUGCAUGAGUAUGAAGAGCUUCCUCCGUACGAGGACAAUGGCUGAACUACAAUGCCUUUGUGAUGAAGAACAGAUUGAAUACGAGACCAGGGAGAAGACUAUCAAGGGACUGGUGGGCGACGUUGCGAGGCUGAAGAUCGGGGAACUAGGCUUGAGCGAGAUCAACACUGUUAUCGUACGAAGGCAUGUUCGCAUCGUCUGGAUGAAAAAACAAACGAUUGGCGACCUACUUCACAACCAGCGAGACUAUGCACGCUCGUCUGGUAGCAUCUGCAAAUGCGCAGAGAGCCCCUUCCCUAUUGUGGAAGGACAUGUGCGAUGCAGUCUGUCGGAUCUCGGUGCCCCGGACUUCCUCCUGAACGCCAGGAAUAUUCCGAUGCAAAGGACGAAGCAGGUGAGGCGCGGGAUCAUCACGGCCUUGCUGGAUGACCUCGGAGGACUGUUUAGCUACACAGGGAAGAACCUCACCGUUAGCAUUAAUGACGUGGAGGAAUGUGUCAGCAGCAGGGACACACCUCGGGACGACUGGUAUCAUGAGACGCUAAAAUGGAGGAAGAAAUUACGCGGGCUCGUACGUAUUUUCAUCAUGAGUGACCUGAAGGAGGAAGAUGCAUUAGUACGAGGGAGUAGAGACUAUGAAGAAGCGGGGCUGAAGUCACUCGGAUCCUGGAGGAAGAAAGGGAGGUAUGGCGAUGCAUACGUGAUACCGAAGCAGAAAGACCCUACGAGGUGGAGGCCUAUAGCCCCGUCAUGGAACGCACCUAUGAAGGAAGGAGCAAAGAAGGUAGCUAAAGCACUGUACUGCAUGCUGGGCUGUCUGGCGAGGAAGCUCCACUUUAACACGACAUCAUCAGAAGACGCCAUCAAGCGACUGGUAUCAUGGUCGUCGGGACUGGAAUCCAAGCACGGAGUCAUGACCGCGAGCUUCGACAUAAAGAAUAUGUUCGCAGAGCUUUCACACAAGGAGAUACGAGAGGCGUUGGAUUGGCUGACAAUGAUGAUGCAAGUGAAGGGAUACGACAGGGUGAACGUGAACUGCAGAGGAAAGAAGCCGGCGAUGGGCCGUAAAGCGAGGGAAGGACACCAAUCGGUGAAGUUUGCGGCCGUACGCAGCUGGGUGAGAUAUGAGCUGGAUCACUCCUAUAGCCUGGCUGAAGGAGAACUGAUACAACAGAUUAGAGGUAUCCCCAUGGGGGGACACACGAGCCCGGCCCUUGCGUGCAUCCUAUGCGCCAAAAGUGAGGCGAUGUUCAUCCAGAGCCUGAAGACAGAUCGUAAGAGACUCCUUGGGUUGCGGCUGAUGGAUGAUGUGGCGAUCUUCAUCCGAUAUGUGAGAAACAAGAUCGAUGCAGCAUGUACAGCACGGGACAUCAUGCACAAACUGCUGUCAUGCUACCCGUCGGAUCUAGUAAUCCAACGCACGGACGAGGGGGAUGGCACGCUGUUGUUCCUGGGAUGCAAAAUCCUCGUGGACAAGGAAGGACCAAAAAUCUCCUCCAUGCUCGUGAUGAAGAAUCAUGACUGCGUGACCCAAGGCAGAGCCCUGGUGUACCAAGAGAUCCAGGACUACAGAUCCUACAGCGAUAAGCAGACCAAGUCAGCCAUGAUCCUGAGCUACCUGCACCGUAUCAUGAGAUGCUCGACCGACACAACGACGAGGGAUCUGCCGAUCUUGUGCCUCAAGGAGGAACUGCCCAUGAAAUCAUAUCCGGAGACACACUAUCCCAAAUGGGGCCUUCCGGAUGCAGCGCCCAACAAGGUGAUGAAGAUGGUGUCUACCAUAGCCAGUGCAGUGGUAGACUGCAGCUCAGCCUUGGCCGCGCAGGCCAAGCAACUCGAAGAGCGGAUCAACCACGUGGUCGCAUCCCUCGGCGACAUCAACAAGUUUGCUGGAGCGCCGACAGUCAGCAAUCAGCUGCAGACGCUCAGCAACCGCGUUGAGCAACGACCAGCCGCUGCCGCCAAGGAAGGAAAGAUGCCGAACUUCAAGAUCAAGAAGUUCGAUGACUAUCACAAGACCGAUCCGCUGCAAUGGUGGAUGGCUUUCAACGCAGAGGCGGAUGUACAUCACACCCCCGCACAUUGGCGGCUUGACGCACUCUACCUCCAACUCAUCGGAGGGGCGCAAACUUUCAUGACACACAUGGCCGUCACGUUGGAAUGCACCAUCGCCAACCUCCACACUAAGAUUACGUGGAAGGAAUUCGAGAAGAAAUGGAAGACCCAGUUCAUGGUCAACAAUGACAAACGACACGCCAUGAACAAAUCUUUCUCAUAUACCAAGGCCAGCAAACCUGCGCUGGGCACUGAAUUCCAGUAUGAGACCUUUGAUGAUCUGAUCUCAAAGGCAAGAGAACUCGUACAAGUCUCUCUCACAUCCGAGGAUGACGCGGUAGUUGCAAGUUCUCGCAUUGAGUAUGAGAACUAUGCUGUCGAGCUGGUCCCACCGUUGAACCAGCCUCUCCACGUGCAAGAUUCAAGCGCAUGCGCGGUAGUUCCGCCACCGGACAACGAACCAGUUGCUUCACCAGCCCUUCUAUCGGAGGAUCCGUCAACUUGGGCGAGUCUUGAGGAACUCGACCCGUUGACGGUUGAGGACUUCCAAUGGUUGCCUCUUCCCUCCACCGGUUCUUUGCCAACACCGCAUUGCAAUGCCUUAAUGGCGCAUCUGCGCGAAUACUUGCACGCUGCAGUACCACCUCCGUCGACGGACGGCGGAGUAGCGGUUGUUGACCUUCGUAACUAUCUUGCGAAGAUCGACCGCGAGUACGCAACGCAACAGUACGUCCAGAUCGACGCGAUGCUCCUCUACAUCCGCAUUCAGAUCGAAAAGGCGACCUGCAGUGCCUUGAUCGAUUGUGAAGCGACUCGCAACUACAUCAACCAAGACUUCAUGGCACGCGCCGGCCUUGGCCCGCGCAUUCGAAGGAAAAGUCGGCCCACUCAUCAAGCGAGGCCGUGUCGUUUGACAUAUUGGACACCAAGUUCGACGCACCGUGGCAUAUCGUGGCUGCAAAGCGAAGACCAUCCGGUGAACUUCUAUCGACGCACCGUUCACGUUCGUGAUCGGCGUGGCGAACUAGUCAUGUGUAUGGUGCUGCUUCCUCAUCCUUCAAUUGGUUGUCACGUGGUAUCCGCGGUGAGCAUUCGCCAAUCCAUCCGGUGGAACGACAUCGAGGAGAUGGGCAUAUGUUUUCUUCACGCCCUCCCACCCGGUGAUCAGCCUAAGACGGAUACGUCGGACCCACACAUCAUUGAGCUGUUGGACAACUAUGAGGAUGUCUUCCAAGCUCCCGUCGGAGUCAUACCGGAUCGGCCCAUAUGCCACGGUCUCGAGGACGACGUCGUACCUCCACGCGGAUGUAUCUACCGCAUGAGCGAAGAGGAACUUCAAGUGCUUCGGGCACAACUAGACGACCUCUUAGCCAAGGGCUGGAUUCGCCCUAGCUGUUCGCCAUACAGUGCUCCCGUUCUCUUCGUCCGGAAGAAGAACAAGGAUCUUCGUUUGUGCAUCGACUAUCGGAAACUUAACGCACAAACGAUCAAGAACGCCGACCCUCUCCCUCGGAUCGAUGAUCUUCUCGAGCGACUAGGCGGCGCCAAGUACUUCUCGAAGCUUGACCUCAAGUCCGGAUACCACCAGAUCAAGAUCCAGCCAAGAGGCCGGUACAAAACCGCGUUCACGACGCGAUAUGGGCACUUUGAGUGGAUCGUCAUGCCUUUCGGUCUCACCAAUGCCCCGACUACUUUCCAAGCGGCCAUGACGAUGGAAUUCCGCGACUUUCUCGACCGCACCGUACUCAUUUACCUCGAUGAUAUCCUGGUUUAUAGUUGGAUGCUGGACGAGCACCUCGAGCACCUUCGCGCCGUCUUGGAGCGGCUCCGUAUCGCCAAGUACAAGGCAAACCGCGACAAACGUGACAACCAGCGGCUUGAGCCGAUAAAGUGGUCACGUAAUUUGGUGGGGAUAGUAGGGUGGGUUGAGUACGAGGAGUGGGCAUCGACAAUGGGAUCAGGAUCCGGAUCGAGAUCGGCAUCGACAUCGGGAUCGGAAAACGAAAGAAGAGGCGGGCGGAGGUCGGCGACGAUGAGCGGAGGUAGUCGAAGCCGGGCGGAGGUGGGCGGAGGUGAGCGGAGGUUGGCUGACGAAGGGGGAGGCCAAGGAAGGGGAGGUGGAAGCGGAAGCGGGGGAAAAGCGGCAGCGGAAGCGGGGAAAAGCGGCAGCGGGGGUUGGUGCGGGGGGCCAGCGGGGGUUGGUGCGGAGGUGGAAGCGGAAGCGGGAUCGGGGAGCCCCGCGGAGGUAGGCGGAGGUCCGCAGAGGUACGCGGAGAUCCGCGCAGUGAUUGCGGAGGUUCGCGGAGGAUCGGGAUCCGGAUCGGGAUUGGGAUCAAGAUCGGCAUCGAGAUCGGCAUCGGAAAACGAAAGCGAAGGCGGGCGGAGGUCGGCGGCGAUGAGUGGAGGUAGGCGAAGCCGGGCGGAGGUGGGCGGUGGUGAGCGUAAGUGGGCCGACGAAGGGGGAGGCCAAGGAAGCGGAGGUGGAAGUGGAAGCGGGGGAAAAGCGGCAGCGGGGGUUGGUGCGGGGGGCAGCGGGGAUUGGUGCGGAGGUGGAAGCGGAAGCGGGAUCGGGGAACCCCGCAGUAAUCCAACAGGUCACUAUGAGCUUUCUUUGGUGCUUCAGACAGAUCGGUUGAUUGCAUGUCGGCUGAUGGAAAUGGCUGUCGAUGAGGGUGACUGCAUCAAUUGGCGAAACAUCAGAUACCAGAACGAGUUUAUUCCGAUCAGCCCAUCUGCACCAGAUGACUGGAACGGUCUCAUCCCAACUGCAGGACUUCUCAGGCUGGACUAUACAAGCAUGAACAAGCCGCCUCCAGAUGCAAGGGUCCUGACCGAACAGGAGUUCCAGAAGAGUAGGGUCGGGGCCCUUAGAGACUCAGGGGCUACCCGUAGCUAUAUUAGCCAAAGGGCGCUGAAGAAGCUGAGGCUAGGGUUGAAAGUCCAGAAAUUAGAAGACCCCAUAGUUAGUGUCCUCGCAGACAACCACACGAUGCGAGUUGAGGACUACGUAGAGGGAUUCCAUGCAUACUUUCGCCUAGAGAAAGAUGGGAAGGUGGAGAGAGUUCUCCAUUCCCUGACUCUCCUCGUUCAGGAUGACCUUCCUUUUGACAUAGUCCUAGGUAUGGACUGGGGAGAGGCAGCAGGGGCCACACUCCACUUGAGAGAGCAUGAGUGUAGGCUCCCUAGUCCGUCAGGCGAGGUUAAGACAACCCGUCUGUUCCAUGUGUCAGGAGUAGACAACUUGCUGGCACAUUGCUGCCUCGGCGCUCCCGCGUUUGCGCGACUAGUGAGAAAGGAGCAGUUAGAGGAUCAGGUUUUUGUAGUGUAUGUUAGMCCUGCCACUGAGUCUAAGGAAGAGGUUAGUUCCACAGAUCCAGCCAUUGCCAAGCUGCUGGAAGAGUUUAAAGAUUUAUCGGAGCCGCCGACAGGAGUAGUGCCGCGGCCGAUCCAGCACAGGAUAGAGAUAGAGCCUGGCAGUAGAACUCCUAAGGGAGCAGUCUACAGGAUGUCCCCUAGAGAGUUAGAGGAGUUGCGCAAGCAGUUGGACGAGCUCCUUGAGAAGGCUUGGAUUAGGCCCAGUUCGUCUCCUUUUGGAGCACCUGUUUUGUUUGUCCCCAAAAAGGAAGGAGAGUUGCACAUAUGCAUAGACUAUAGGGGUCUAAAUGCUAUCACAGUCAAGAAUGUUGAACCACUGCCCAGGAUAGACGAUCUCUUAGAUCGGGUGCAGGGUUGCAAGUAUUUCUCCAAGAUAGAUUUGAAGUCCGGUUAUCAUCAGAUAGAAGUUCAUCCUGAUGACCAGUACAAGACUGCGUUCCGGACUAGGUAUGGGCAUUAUGAGUUCAUAGUGAUGCCCUUUAAACUCACCAAUGCGCCAGCAACAUUUCAGCGAUGUAUGAAUGAUCUGUUUAGGCCUUGGUUAGACAAAUUUGUCGUAGUCUAUCUAGACGACAUCUUAGUUUUCGGUAGGAUCCUCCAGGAGCAUCAGGGUCAUUUGAGGCAGGUCUUGGAGAAGCUGAGGGAAGCUAACUUCAAGAUCAAUGCGAAGAAGUGCGAGUGGGCCAAGACACAAGUUUUGUAUUUGGGCCACGUGUUAGACGGAGAUGGCAUCAAGCCUGAGGACAGCAAGAUAGCGGCGAUUAGAGAUUGGCCGACGCCCCGCACAUUGACAGAGUUGCGGUUGUUUCUGGGCCUAGCUAAUUAUUACAGGAAGUUCGUGAGGAACUUCUCUACUAUCGCCGCUCCCUUGCACAGGUUGCUCAAGAAAGAGGCAAUCUGGCAGUGGGAUAAAGACUGUAUGUCUGCGCUAAAGAAAUUAGAGCAUGCAUUGAUAGAGUACCGUGUCCUCAAAGUAGCAGAUCCGUCCUUGCCAUUUGUCGUCACCACGGACACGAGUCGGUAUGGAAUAGGCGCCGUGUUACAGCAGGACGCCGGCAAUGGCUACAAACCCGUAGAGUUCAUGCCAGCGAGGAUGCCCUCAAAGAAGGUGGCCACCUCGACGUAUGAGAGAGAACUCUACGCUCUCAGGCAAGCCUUAAAGCAUUGGAAGCAUUACCUGCUUGGGAGGCACUUCAAAGUGUAUUCAGACCGUGAGACGCUUAGAUGGUUAAAGACACAGGCCAAAAUGACAUCUAAGUUGACUAGAUGGGCCGCUGAGAUAGACCAGUAUGACUUCGAGCUCAAGCCUGUUAAGGGCAAGUACAAUGUAGUUGCGGAUGCUCUGAGUAGGAGAUCAGACUACUUUGGAGCUAUAGUUCACUAUCUGGACAUAGGGAGUGACCUGCAAGAGAAAGUUAGGCAGGCAUAUGCGCAGGACCCUAUCUAUAGCGAUCUCCUCAAGAAAUUUAAGGAGGCCCCAGAGACUGAGCCAGAUUACCACACUACAGAGGGGUUAUUAUUUGAGAACACUGACGUAGCAGACCACCUAUGCGUUGCCAAUAGUGAGGAGAUCCGUAGUUUGAUCCUAGGGGAAUGCCAUGAUACAGAGGGACACUUUGGUUGGCAAAAUACUUUAGCCAAUCUGAUGCACGCGUACACAUGGCCAGGAAUGAAGAACGACUGCUAGAGUAUGUCCGCAGUUGUAAAGUCUGUCGGAGGAACAAGUCUACUACGCGUGCCCCUCUAGGUCUUCUCAGGCCCUUGCCUAUCCCGGACCAGCCUGGAGAUUCAGUCUCCAUUGACUUCAUGGAUGCCGGCGUCAAGAGUAGACACGGCAAGAGCCAAGUCAUGGUUGUAGUUAAUAGGUUUAGCAAGUAUGCUAUUUUUGUUCCUUCGCCUCCAGAGGCACGCACAGAGUUAGUAAUACAGAAGUUCUUUGAUUUUUGGGUUAGUGAGCAUGGAGUCCCGUUGUCCAUAGUUAGCGAUAGAGAUAGUCGCUUCACCAGCCAGAACUGGCAGGAACUCGUGAGAGUCUAUGGAUCUAAGUUGUUGAUGCCGUCUGGCCGCCAUCCAGAGACUAACGGUCAGACAGAGCAAAUGAACAAAAUCCUGCAGCAAGU